AUGGAAUCCUUGAGAGUCUUUGCAAUUAAUGACAUCAUACAUAGAAAUGAUAACACUCAUCAACAGAAUGUCUCUCUAUCACCAUCAACACAACCAUCAUUUACCGUAUUAUUAGAAAAUCACAGAAAUAAAACAUUAUCUAUACCAUCAGACGAUUGUCAAUUAUCUCUAAGAGAAAGUGAUCAAUUUUUUUGUGAAUAUGACGUGGACUGGGAACGACGAAAAAAGUUAUAUCAUUUACAGCAUGGGAGAAAUAGAGUAUCGGAUGCAAGAUUUCUAUUUUUUCAAAACAACUGGGAACCAAAUUUUUCAUGUGAAUUUGAACGUCGUUUAGGCAAUAUUGGCGAUGGGGGCAAAUGGGUUUGUGAUGUACAUCAUAUUCAAUCAAAACCAACUUGUCUCAUUUAUUCAUUUGGCUCUAAUGGUGAUUUUUCGUUUGAGAAUGCAAUAAAAUCAGUGCUACCGAAGUGUGAAAUUCACACAUUUGAUAUGGGUGUCUAUCAUUGUCCGCCAAAUGUGUGUACAUUUCAUCAAGCAAAAUUAGGUGACGGACUUGAUGGUACAACAAAAUCACUAGAAAUGAUCAUUAAUCAAUUGAAUCACACUCAACGAGAGAUUGAUAUACUCAAGGUGGACAUUGAAGGCGCCGAGUUUUCGUUGUUCUUUGAGCUUUUUAAGAAAGGUAGAGAUGCCAUAAGACCACCUACGGCUUACAUCCGACAAAUUUUGUUUGAAAUCCAUUUAUUGGGGCCCAAUGCAAAUCUCACUACAGAAACUCACAAAUUGUUUACACAAUUCCACAACAAUAAUUAUGUGAUAUUUCAUAAGGAGGUGAACUUAUAUGAUGCCCAAAACGUUUUUGAAUAUGCACUUUUGAGAUUAAACAAAACGUUUUUCAAUAGUACUUAAUGGCAAAUGAUGGAAGUUUAUUGAUUCAUGUGUAUACCCCCUUUUCUGGAAGAUGAAGAAAUAGGAUGAUAUAUCGCACUGAAAUCAAUGAAUUAUACAUCUUGGUCAUGGAUCUGUUUUUUAUUUGAUAUUAACUCGAGUGAAAUGUUUUUGUAAUGUACUUGAUGUGGUCACAUGACCGUGUUAUACCGCUUAAUUUGUCUACGAAUGUUUAGUGAAUGUCAGUCUUUGUGUUUUAAAGCUGAUUACACCAUGUUUUACACGUAUUUUUCUUCAAGAACAUAGUGCAGUUAGCUUUUUGAUUUGGUAUCUCUCACCUAUACAACAAUUUCAACACGCUAGAAUCUUUCUGCAACAGAAAAAAAGUGGUUUUUCGAUGUAAAAUUAAGGACAAGUGAGUGCUAGCAACCUGCAACCGGAACCUCAACAUCCGGUUUGAGGAUGUUUUGACAGCAGGUUUUCAGUGAUUUUUAGAAAAAUUUUCGCUGAACCGGGAGGUCGGUUCUUCAUGAGAUAAACCGACAAGGGUUUAGAAAAAAACAAAAAACUGUGUUGGUACCUUCUGUCAAGCUAAAAAGUCUGAUUGUACUUUACAAUACCCGAACCUUUUUUUGCAAGAAAAUAGAAAUGCGGUUCCAUAAAAACCUAAAGCUUUUCGUAAUUGCUACAAAACGCUUUUGAGUUAAUUUAUCUGUUUAAUAAACCACUUUCGAUUUUGGGAUGAAAAGUAAAAGCUUUUUGAUUUUGUAAGAUACGAUUCUUUGUUAGAGUGUAUUACUCAGUCCAUGGCUGAACCUUUCUCCUUCCCGUUUACUACACUGUUCUGAUGUAAGUUUUCGAUAAGAUGUGACAAAUUUUUCGAGAGAAAUUAGUCCACUUAAAUAGGAAAUUUCGUCUUCCUGCUGUUAUAUUUCUCAAUUCGGGUUCGGCAACUGACUAGCAUUUUGAUCUGAGGAUACAAAUGAGAUCACAUCUUUUGGUGAUGACGUAAUGUCUUUUGUUCCACCGUAAAUUUUACUGAUAAGAUAAAGUUUAGCAUAUAUAAAGAAAGCAUUGGUGCUUGAACUGCCAGAGGAAG